CUGUGUGCAUUGACUACUUGACAAGCUGAGGGAGGAGGAGGAUACUGCUGUACGUCCCACCAGGCAGCCACCCAACGAUCUUUAGUCAUUAGAGUCUCUAAUACACAUCUGCUCCCUGCCUGUCCAAACAGAGCUCUAAUCUUUCUGAACUAUGCAUCGCAUUCACAGUCGUUUCCAUCUCCGCCUUCCUCCUGUUUUUUUCUUCUCUCUGCUACUGGACAGACUCUGAGACUGGUUUCAUCUUCUCUCUGCUACUGGACAGACUCUGAGACUGGUUUCUUCUUCUCUCUGCUAUUGGACAGACUCUGAGACUGGUUUCAUCUUCUCUCUGCUACUGGACAGACUCUGAGACUGGUUUCAUCUUCUCCCUGCUACUGGACAGACUCUGAGACUGGUUUCAUCUUCUCUCUGCUACUGGACAGACUCUGAGACUGGUUUCUUCUUCUCUCUGCUAUUGGACAGACUCUGAGACUGGUUUCUUCUUCUCUCUGCUAUUGGACAGACUCUGAGACUGGUUUCUUCUUCUCUCUGCUACUGGACAGACUCUGAGACUGGUUUCAUCUUCUCUCUGCUACUGGACAGACUCUGAGACUGGUUUCUUCUUCUCUCUGCUAUUGGACAGACUCUGAGACUGGUUUCAUCUUCUCUCUGCUACUGGACAGACUCUGAGACUGGUUUCAUCUUCUAUCUGCUACUGGACGGACUCUGAGACUGGUUUCAUCGUCUCUCUGCUACUGGACAGACUCUGAGACUGGUUUAUUCUUCUCUCUGCUACUGGACAGACUCUGAGACUGGUUUCUUCUUCUCUCUGCUAUUGGACAGACUCUGAGACUGGUUUCAUCUUCUCUCUGCUACUGGACAGACUCUGAGACUGGUUUCAUCUUCUCUCUGCUACUGGACAGACUCUGAGACUGGUUUCAUCUUCUCUCUGCUACUGGACAGACUCUGAGACUGGUUUAUUCUUCUCUCUGCUACUGGACAGACUCUGAGACUGGUUUCUUCUUCUCUCUGCUACUGGACAGACUCUGAGACUGGUUUCUUCUUCUCUCUGCUACUGGACAGACUCUGAGACUGGUUUCUUCUUCUCUCUGCUACUGGAGAGACUCUGAGACUGGUUUCUUCUUCUCUCUGCGACUGGACAGACUCUGAGACUGGUUUAUUCUUCUCACUGCUACUGGACAGACUCUGAGACUGGUUUCUUCUUCUCUCUGCUACUGGACAGACUCUGAGACUGGCCUUUCCUUUUUCACGCAUUGAGGGACUGAUGUGAGAACAGCGCCUGAUUAAACCAGGACCAGGGAACACUACAGUUACUGUUACGCUGUACUGUACCUCUGGAACAGAACAGGUGGGGGGAGGAACCCAGAAGAACGUGCUCAUCGCUGUGGAUGGUUCCAGAACCUCGUUAAAACCCAGAGAAGGAUGUGACUUGGCAGCCUGUCAGAGGGAGUUGUUCUCAUCGAAAUGUUUACUUUUGGACUGUGUGCAUGAAUGUGUGUGGGUGUGUGUGUGUGUUUGUGAGUGUUUGUGCCACAGAGAGCCUUCUGUUGUACAUGUGUGUAUACAGGCUGACCUACCCCAGCUGUGGAACCUCUGUGUGAGCGUAAGCAUGCAUUUUGGCCAACCUUCUUAGACAAUUGCAAAGAGAGAGAGAGAGAGAGAGAGAGAGAGAGAGAGAGAGAGUCUGAGUGCUUGCAUGUGUGUGUGUGAGUAUGUGAGUGUUGAGGGGUUUCUGAGAUGUGCUCUGAAAGCAAGAGCGGAAAAUGCCGGCCAUUCUGGUCGCCUCUAAGAUGAAGUCGGGACUGCCCAAACCGGUGCACAGCGCCCUGCCCAUUCCUCAGCUACAAAACAAUGCCAGGUCCAGGACCUCCAUCACUCACAGGGCCAGCCACCUCAGACACCUCACCCUGAAAGCCCCUCACCAGCAGGGAGAUCGCCGGGGAGAGGAAACGACCACCCCCACUAAAAGGCUCUCAACCACAGGGAGUGACGACCAAGAGGACCCUCAGAUUUACACGGACUGGGCCAACCAUUACCUGGUGAAGUCGGGCCGUCAGCGACUGAUCAAGGACUUGCAGCAGGAUGUGACAGAUGGAGUGCUAUUGGCUGAGAUCAUACAGCUUGUGGCGAAUGAGAAGAUAGAAGACAUCAAUGGCUACCCUAAGAGCCGGACUCAGAUGAUUGAGAACAUUGAUACCUGCCUUGGAUUCCUGGCAGCCAGAGGGGUGAACAUCCAGGGGCUCUGUGCAGAGGAGAUUCGUAAUGGGAACCUGAAGACCAUUCUGGGUCUGUUCUUCAGCUUGUCCCGCUACAAGCAACAGCAGCAGCAGCAGAAGGUGUUGAAACAGCAGGCCUCUCAUCAGCCAAAGCACAGCACCCAGCCUGGACAUACUCCCCAUAGAUCACCAGCCCACAGCUCCACUGCACCAGAACACAAAGCAGCAUCAGAUAUGCUGUCCAGACUGCCAGGCCCCACCACGCGAGUCUCAGCCCCAGGCAGCGAGGGGAAACAUUGCGGGGCCUCCAACAGCAACCGCCGCAGCCAGAGCUUCAACCACCAUGACAUGCCCAAGUCCUCCAGCAGUGACAGAGGUGAGUUACCGUACAUGAGGAAGUGA